UGGCUUUAGAAAUCCACAUUUUGUCUUUGUAGGAUACACAAUGUUUGCUGGUAUGGCUGGAAUUAUGACCUUUGGCUUUGUUACCUUGGCAAUGAGCAAUAAACAAAGGAGGAAAUGGAUCCAAGAGGAUCGUGAAUCCAAGAUAGCAAUAAUGCCUCUUAUUUGGGCAGAAAAGGACAGAGAGAUGCUUCUGAGGCUACAAUACAACAGGGAACAGGAGGCUGAGAUCAUGAAGGAUGUCCCAGGCUGGACCAUCGGUGAAGGUGUCUUCAACUCCAAGAGAUGGUACGAACCAGGUCUUCUAGACCUCUACUACCUAGAACCCUCCAAGGAAAGGAACAAGAAAGUCUUUGGCUUCAACACUUUCACAGGAACAUAAAUGAAUAGUUGUGUGCUCUAAAGGGGACCAAUCACUGAAUAUUAUUUUGUUAUCCUGUGGUGGCUUGAUGUAGAUCACCAAAACUUGUACCCCUUCAAAUUUGUCAAUACCCCAAAUGGUAUAUUUCUGAUGUUAAUAUAUUAGAAGCAAGAUUUUAACAACUGAUUUUGUAUCUUGAUACAACCCAAGAUAAGCAAACUAAUUACUGCAGUGUUCUUACAUUGUUUAUUGUUUAUCUUUGGACAGAAUUUAUCUUUCUGUUUCGGAGUUACAAGAAUUGUUUUGUCUCAGUUUCUGCUUUUGUAGACAAAUCAAACGGGGGAACAAAGCAAAAUAGCCGUGAGUGGUUGGUCCCCCUUGAGAAAAUAGUUAAUUAGAUUUUAGAGUUAUACUGCAUUCGGGAUCUACGAAACUAAUUUUGUUCUGGGAUGCAGAUGUAGGCUUGAUUGAUAUGGCUAUUGAGCAUCCAACAAAUUUCACCCAAAUUUAAAUGAGCUCAAGAAAAUAUGGUGUUGUCAUGGUUUCUGCUACAUGGACUUUGUGGCCCAAAUUCACAAAAGUAGAACACCAUGCUCGUGUGAGCACUGAAUAUGAUCCAAUUUACAAAUCACAGGCAGGCCCUUUGUCAAUGUGCGCUUGUUUGUGUCCCCUCCCAUUCCGUACCACUUGUGAAUUUGGACCUAUAUCGUAUUUACUCAUCAUUAAAAUAUAUGGGAGAUGAAUAUAUCAUGUACAAGAAGUUGAUGCUUGUAGAUGUAUUCAACAGUCUACCAGGGCGCGGUGUCACAAAUCUGAGUGAUUGAUCUUGAUUGUUCAUAAUGUAUAAUGCAUUCAUUCGUAAUGAUCAAUCCUAAGAUCAGUCUUAAAGCUUUGUGUGACAGUGCUCAGAAGAACACAGUUGUGUCGUGUUGUAUUCUUAUUGGAAUACCAAUGUAUGUCCUGCUACUGAUGCAGUAUUUUGUGUACAUAAAAAUAUUGAUUGAAAUACAUACAUAAUUGAUGAA